GCAGGGUCCCCAGGGGCAUCAUCCGUCCUGCUCUGUGUAUGUUUGUCGAUGCUCCCGAGUCGCUCGUUGCCCCGAUAUGCAGCAAGCUUGAUGUCGUCAUCCUCCGCUCCGGUUCGUCACUGGACUGCCUGGAGCCUGCGACCGACAAUGUAACGAUGUAUCGGCGUCCGGCGAGCGGAGCCCGUCGGACGGACGCAUUGCAGGUCCCUGCCCUGCGCCAUUCGUCGUUGUCCGCAGUCGCAGUCUGUCUGUACGUGGGUCUUCACUGCCGCGGUGAACGACGGUGUCUGCAUCCGGCCAACGGGGUUGCAGAGCAAUGGCAUGGGUCGUCCAGGCUGCAAUCAGCGCGAACGAUAAUGUCACCACGUAUCGGCGUCCGGCGAGCAGGGUCCAAGGAAGCUCGAAGAGGGGUCGCACGAUGAUGGGGAGGACGGACGUGUCGUGUCUGCGGCAUUCCGCGAGAUCACCCGUCGUCGGCGGUCUGCACUUGGCCAAUAUCGCCAUGUAUUCGCGUCCAGCGAGACGGCCAAGCCGGGAGACGAGGCCGCCACGUCCCGCUGUAUUGGAUGCAGUCAAGGCUUCACGCGAUCACAGGGCCAGCUGUCGCCGCGUUCUACACGCUCGUGCCACUGUUCUUUGUCGACUAGGAGGCUGCAGGUCGUGUUGUGGGCGAGAACGGCGUGCCAGCGGACAUCCACAAGGCCGGGCAAGCCGCGAGGACGGUGUACCUGUCCGACAAGUCGUCGUGGUCGCGGCAAACGGCGAUGUGACCAUACAUCGACGUCCGGCGAGCGAGGUUGGGAGGCGACGUGGAGUACGAGUGUUGCGACGCGCACCAUGUCCGCUGUCCGCGUACUCGCCGCUGGCACGACGACUGGACUGCGCCUGUUCAAAGUGUCCGCCGGUCGAAGGUGGUCGUGCGCGGUACGGGGUGUGGACGCACUUUGGGCCUUCGAGAACGCGCGGAACGGUCAUGCGGGGACGUGGAGAAGGGAGUGAGGUGAGCUGUAACUGCACUGGAAGCGAGCGACACUCACCGUGCCUUGUUCGAUCCGGCGCUAGUUGCAGCACAGGAAGGCGUCCACUGCGAGCGGGCCGUUUCGACAGGGGAACACGGGUAACGGCUCCAACGGGAGGCGACUGACACUCACUGCGCGCGCUGUGCCACGGACCGUGGUGAGUGCGCUGUUCCGCCGCCACGCACGCUGAGAGCAGGCCCCGGUUUGCGAUGUGAGUGUCCCCGCGGGGAGGCGGACGUAUGGUCGUACGAAAAGAAAGAGAGACGGACGAUCGAAAGAAGGCAACUUUUUUCACCCGCCAGCCAAUCACAGCCCGCCGAUCGCCUCAGGCGCCCG